AUCCAAGAAUCUUAAAAGAUCGGUUGUAUUGAAGUCAACGAAAAUGAAAUACUUAAUCGUUCUUGUUGCCGUUAUUGCUGCUGCUAUAGCUGAUGAGGCCAUUACUGCUGAUGAAAUAGCCAAAUUGAGGACUAUCUCAACAGAAUGCGAAACCACUAGCAAAGUUGCUCACGAAAAGAUCACUGAUAUGAGAAAAAAUAAGCAUUUUGAUGACGACGAUCAACACCUCAAGGAUUAUUUGUUCUGCAUGUUUAAGAAAAUCCACUGGAUGAACGAAGAUGGUACCGUUGAUGAGGAACACCUCAAGAAGGACGUUCAUAGAAACACCGACUCUCUCACCGCCAUGAGACAAUGCAAGGGAAAGACAGGAAAUGGCCCGGAACUUGCAUACAACAUUUACAAAUGUUAUUUGCAACAUCUCCCCGCCGAUUACAAACAUCCUUUGUAAAUCUUUUAUAAGUUCUAAAAGUAUCAAUAGCAAAUAAAUAAAAUCUAUAAACAAUA